CCAUGUUUCUAAUUAACCUUCUCGUAUUGGGCUGUAUUCUUCUGUACAUCCUUCUCAAUCUCUACAUCUACUUGAUGAGGAUCAAAUACAAGCACUUCAAAUCUCCCCCGGUCCCCAUCUCUCCCAUCUGGUUUCUUGGUGCACUACCGGAGUUCAUGGAGUACGCUAAAAGAUCAGAGAAACUAGUGUUGUAUGCAUUUUAUGAUACUUACGGAUGGGAUGUAUUUGUAAUUCACCUUUUUACUCGAAAUAUGAUCUUUUGUUUGGAUUUAAGUGUUAUUUCGAAGGUUUGCAACGACAGAGUAAUGUUUCCUAAGAACAAAAUGUUCCAUGACGUUUUAAAAUCAGUCGCGGGGAUAAGAAUUUUUGGUGAGUAUGGACUACUAAACGAUACAGGAACUGAUGUAUGGCAUGCGAAAAGGAGAGUAAUGGAACCUGCAUUCCACAAGGGAUUCCUCAGAACCAUCAUGACAGAUUUGAACAUAGUGGUAGAGAAUCUUAUGAGUAGGUUACGUGAAAAAGAUUCUCAUACAUUCGACAUAACGGAGGAAUUUUGUCGAGCAGCCUUCGAAUCCAUAUCAGUAUGUGGCUUCAACUGGAACCAGGAGCUUUUGGAAAAACACGGAGAGCAAUCAUUAAAACUGGCUUCUACAAUGGUCAAGGUAAUAACGUUAUCGUUCAAAGAAUAUGCCACAUUUAAUUUCCCGUGGAGCAGAAGGGAAGAAAAGCGAGAACUUAGGAAGAAUAUGCCCCGAAUGCGAGAUGUAGCAAGAACCCACUUACUUGACCGAUUGGAGAAUACAAAUGAAGACAAGGAAGAUAUUCUGUCUCACCUCAUCCGGAGUAUCCAAUGCUCCGAUCAACUGACGUUAGAAGAUCUGGUAGACGAGUAUUUGACGUUUAUCGGUGCUGGCAUGGAAACCACAGCCAUCACCAUGGCAAUAACACUGUUUUACUUGUCAGUGUAUCCGGAGGUAUAUAAGAAGGUUCAACAGGAAAUUGAUGAGGUAUUUGAGGAUACAGACGACCUCAGUUUCGACGAUUUGAACAAGAUGGUGUUUCUAGAAAUGGUUAUCAAGGAGUGUAUGAGACUGAAACCGCCUGUCAUGGCAACGACUAGAAAAUGUAAUAAAGAUAAGGUUGUUAUCAACGAUAUCUACAUUCCCGAAGGAGCAGUGGUUAUAGUUCCGAUUGAUGCAUUACAUAAGGAUCCACGUUAUUGGGAAAAUCCGCACGAAUUUAAUCCUGAACGUUUUGCACCCGAAGCGAAACGUAACAUCACACGUUUCACGUACAUGCCAUUCAUGUUGGGCCAGAGAACUUGCAUUGGACAACAUUUUGCUAUGUUGGAGAUGAAGAUUGUGAUCGCGAAGAUAGUGAGGGAAUUUGUUGUUGAAAACCCGAAACCGGAAGUGAAGUAUAUUGAAACGGUGGGAAAUAUUACAGCAAGACCAUCUGAUGGGGUUACAGUGAGAUUGUUAUCAAGGAUGUGAAAAACAUUGAACUUUUUGUCAACGAUUUAAUUCUAGCUUAUAAUGUUGACAUGUUGGUCACUGACAGAUUCAGUUCAA